AUGAUACGAGAGACCAUUGGAAAAAGGCCCAUGAAGCUGUCGCGAGAAUUGUGGCGCCUACUGCGGUCGACUACGCCUAUCCGCAGUGCUGCGGAAGAACUUUCAAUGCUUUUCCAAAAUGCCGAGAUCUGUAGCCCCCCGAGUACCACCUUCUCGAGAACUGUGCCGAAGGCACUGAGAGCAUGCUUUGCCUUAUUGGAUUCGAUGCAGGGGAUUCAAGUGGCUUAUGUCGAAGGAUUCGAUAGUAGGGCGGAUGUUGUGUAUAAUCCUCAGCAAAGGACACUCAAGGUCCACCGCCGAUGGCUGGACUUUGACGAUACACAUCAGCGAACAUCGUGCCGGAACUGGAUUCUUCGUAGUGCGAAGAGGGAAAGCGGAAAGCGCGAACCUUUCUUUUGCGGCCACAUCAUUGAGGAGCUCCUAUCACUUUCCAUCUCGUCGGUGUUUGGAGACUCUCAGACCCCUCGGACCACUGAGAUGAGGUACAUGCGCCAUAUCCGACGUCUACUCCGGUACAUGCCACACCAGAUCACUUUGACGCCCUCGAAGGGCGGCUUGACGGUUGCUUGGGAAGAUAACGAGACAGAGCUGUUUCGGAAGCAUGGUCUCGAUAGGGCGGCGUAUCAUGUGAUACUACACGAGGAAAGCUGUAUCAGCAUGAAGCAGGAGCUUCUGCAUCCGAACCCAGGUAAGCCUCGAUCGAUCAUCGCUUAG